AUGGCUUCAACAAUUGGCGCGGAUGCUCUGAACAGGUUGUUCAUAGUCUAUCCAGGAGCAAAGACAUACUUCUCCCACCUGGACAUCUCUCCUCGCUCCGCCCAACUGCGUUCCCAUGGCGAGAAGAUUGUCCUAGCGAUCGCAGGAGCGGCCCAGGAUAUUAGUCAGCUGAUGGUGACUCUGGCUCCUCUGCAAACCCUCCAUGCCUACCAGCUCAGGAUCGACCCCAGCAAGUUCAAGCUCUUCUCUCACUGUCUGCUCAUCACUCUGGCCUGUUUCCUGCAGGAUGACUUCACAGAGGUGGCACAUGCUGCGAUGGACAAAUACCUCUCUGCUUUCACUGCAGUGCUGGCAGAGAAGUACAGAUAA